ACUAGAGCUUUUGAAGUCAGCUGAAAAGGAAAAGAAAAACUUUUAAAAUUAUAUCGCUGUUUUCACUGCUAUUUUAGUAUAAUUUUCCUUGAUUUAUUAUUUUACUGCCUUAGGAUCAUUGUCAACUUGGUAUGACUAUGGUAUUUAAAUAUAAAUGACUUGGCAUUGUAUCCUGGAAGUUUUCUUUCAAUUAAAUUAUUUGAUUUGUCAUUUAUUGUCUUCUCUAAAAAAAAAAGUAAAGUUUAAUAUAUUUGAGUACCUAUUUAAUAUAAACAACACUUUCCAUUUGAAAAGCCGACAAAUAAGUUCCUUAGAAACUGUUUUACAGCCCACACAUACAAUGAAAGAGAUUUCAAGCCAAAUACUGAAAGAGAUGUCAGAAGAUUCAGACAAGGAAGAUUAUUCAGACGGAACAAUCAGUGAUGAGGAUGAAUCAGAUGAGGAUACAUUCAUGAAAUUUGUAAGUGAAGAUAUUCAUCAGUGUGCAUUAUUAACAGCUGACUCUAGUAGUGACCCAUUCUUCCCCCGGACGACACAGAUACUAUUGGAAUAUCAGCUAGGGAGAUGGGUGCGACGCCUUCGUGAACCCCGAGAUUUAUAUGGUGUCUCCUCUUCUGGUCCACUGAGCCCAACACGGUGGCCAUACCACUGUGAGGUCAUUGAUGAAAAAGUCCAGCACAUUGAUUGGGCUCCUUUUUGUCCUGAGCCAGUGUAUAUCCCAACAGGCCUUGAAAUGGAACCCCUUUACCCAAGCUCCAAGGAAGACACUGUGGUUUACCUGGCUGAAGAUGCUUACAAAGAGCCCUGUUUUGUGUAUUCCCGAGUUGGAGGCAACAGGACACCUCUGAGGCAGCCUGUGGAUGGCUGUGACAACACUUUGAUGUUUGAAGCAAGGUUUGAGAGUGGUAAUCUCCAGAAGGUAGUCAAAGUGGCAGAAUAUGAAUACCAAUUGACUGUACGCCCUGAUCUCUUCACAAACAAACAUACACAGUGGUACUACUUCCAAGUGACUAAUACCCAAGCAGAAAUGGUCUACAGAUUCACUAUUGUCAACUUCAUCAAGCCUGCUAGUCUUUACAACCGUGGUAUGCGCCCACUGUUCUAUUCUGAAAAAGAGGCUAAGAUUCAUCAUAUUGGCUGGCAGAGAAUAGGAGACCAGAUCAAGUAUUACAGGAACAACCUGGGGCAAGAUGGGCGCCAUUUUUUCUCUCUUACAUGGACAUUUCAAUUUCCACACAACAAGGAUACCUGUUACUUUGCUCACUGCUAUCCAUACACUUAUACCAACCUACAAGAGUACCUUUCUGGCAUCAACAAUGACCCUGUCCGGUCCAGGUUUUGUAAAAUACGUGUUUUGUGCCACACGCUUGCUAGGAACAUGGUAUACGUUUUAACAAUCACCACUCCCUUGAAGAACACUGACUCCAGAAAGAGAAAAGCUGUGAUUUUGACUGCAAGGGUCCAUCCAGGAGAAACCAACAGUUCUUGGAUUAUGAAAGGCUUCCUCGAUUACAUUUUAGGAGACUCACAUGAUGCACAGUUGCUUCGGGACACUUUCGUCUUCAAGGUGGUACCCAUGCUGAACCCAGAUGGUGUGAUUGUGGGAAAUUAUCGGUGUUCCUUAACUGGACGGGAUUUAAAUCGUAAUUAUACAUCUCUUCUGAAGGAAUCUUUUCCUUCUGUUUGGUAUACCCGGAAUAUGGUUCAUAGUUUUCUUUUUCAUCUUGCAAGUUUAAUGUUCAGAAGAGCAAAGAAGGAACAGGAAGGGUGGUGAUGUGGAAAAUGGGAAUCAGAAACAGCUUUACCAUGGAAGCUACCUUUUGUGGAUCUACUCUGGGUGAGGCCAGGUGUUCUCAUUCACUUUUCUAUCUCAUAGCAUUAAACAUAAUGUGAAAUUAAUAGUAUAAACCAAUGACAGUAAACUUUUUAGAGACUGAGUACCCAAACUGCAACCCAAAACCCACUUAUUUAUGACAAAGGCCAACACUGCAAUUUGCUGACCACCAGUGCAAGAGUGCAACAGGACAAUGUUCCACCACACAGCCUUUGCUUCCUCUAAAAUAGGCAUCUGAGUGCACUUCUUACCUUGUGAAGACUCCUGCUAAAAUCACAACCAGGAUAAUAUAUUUUGCAUGUUAUAUAUCCUUGCUCUUGUUUUCAUAAAUUCUUGACAAACAACUAAAUAAGACAUGAUACUACAGAUUAAAAUAUGUCAGGGGACAGCACAACAUUAUAAGAAACUCAGUGUUUUAAUUAGAACAUCACUCUGCUAAAUCUUAGAUAUUAAAAUUCAAUUUUUCACAAGAAAAUUCAGAGCCAAAAUCUUGUGUUAAUAAAAACAAAUGUAUUAAACUCAGCCAGUCCAAGCAAAUACAUGUAUAGCCUUGGUAGCGCACUGAUUAGUCUGCCCCUGCAAAAAUGAGUCACAUUAUUGCCUGGUGCUGCUACUCCUUUCUGAGCAUGCUCAUGACCGCUACGUGCAGUUAUCUGAUGCUCAGCCUCUGGGGCAAUACAGUCAACUUGGCUCAAGUGCUAACAGAGACAGGUCAGUGUGCUACCUGCGGCACACAUGCCAUAGAUUCACCACCACAGGUAUAAAUCAUUUAGAAGAGAGUGCAUUCCUUUCAUUUAAAUGCAUACUGCUAUUUAAUCAUUCUGUAAACGGAUGAAUAAACUUUUACUACAUGAUAUCUCUAUUUCAUUAUUUUCCUUUGUUUAGAAAGUAAUAUUUUAAUAUGUACAUAAAAUACUCUAAUUGGUUCUUUCCUAAACUAAUCUUCAAAUGCUUGUUAUUUUUAAAAGAAAAAAGGAUUCCUAUAGAUUUUUUAUGAAAGUUCCUUACUGUUGUUGUUAUCAUUAUUAUUACUAUUAUUAUUAUUAUUUUGGUACCAGAAAUCAAACUCGGGGCCUCACACUUGCCAGGUAGGCACUGUGCCACUGAGCUACAUCCCCAGCCAGGAGAGUUCACUCAGUUGUUUGUUGCUGUUAUUUUGUUUUGUUUUGUUUUUUGUACCAGAGAUUGAACUCACAACCUUAUGCUUACCAGGCAAGCAUUUGAACCACUGAGCUAAAUCCCCAGCUGUGUUCCUAAUUAUUUUAAGAAAAAAUGCACAUACUUAAAGUAUUAUGAUAGAAAUGUUUUACUGAAUAUAAGGCAAAAUUAGACUGGCUUUUUAAAAAAUUAAUCUUAUUGGUAUACUUUUGACAUACAUAAUGAUCACAUUUAUCAUAAAGAAUUUGUACCUGUACAUAUUGUAUAUCAAUUCUUUUUUUUACCUCUUCCUUUCCCUUCGUUUUCUUACUCCCUUUCCAAAAUAUUGUUUCUACAUUCUUCUUUUAUUCUCUAUUUUAUUUUACUUUAUUUUUUGUCACAUUUAGACGAAAACCCUUGGUUCCCUCAACUAAAACUGGAGGUAUGUUCUAUAGUCCCAUCUAAGAAGUCUUAGUCAUGUCUAGCAGGGUAAUACAGCUAGAGAUUUCUGUAUUAAGAUAGUGGCACAUUGUUAGAAGAUGUACCAACUCAAAGAAAAGUGCUAGAAAUCCACAUAUGAUAUUUCUGGGGGUUUUUGUUUUUUUGUUUUUUUGUGGGUCUUCUUUGUUUUGUUUUGUUUUGUUUUGAUACUGGGGACUGAACUCACGACCUCACACUUGUCAGGCAGGCACUUAUGCCACUGAGCUAAAUCUCCAGCAUUCUGACUUAUUUUUAAACCAUUUUGAAAUUGAUACAUUAGUUGUGAUGAUAAAAAAAAUUUUGUCAACAUCUUUUCUCAGAGAAAUUAUUAGAAUCAUUUGUAACUGGUAACCAAACAUUCUGUAACUGUCUCACUGAAUUUUCUUUUUCUGUGCAACAUACACUGAUGCAUGGUAAGUUAGCUUCAGUUCAAGUGGUGGAAGAAAAGGAAAAGUAAUAAGCUGUCAAAAGAUGUGCUCCAGGAAAAGAAAAUUCAAAUAGACUAUGGCAUCAUAUCCAUGUCUUGUUUAUAUCCUCUGCAAGUUGGGCCUACCUGCAAAGGAAAAUGAUUAACUCAUUCGCAGGGGUGGAUAAACUUGUUGAUGUUUUAGGUAAUAAACGAGGCACUCAUUUCAACACAAAAGAUCUGGAGUCAAUGGGAUACCAUUUUUGUGAUUCACUCUUGGACUAUUGUGAUCCUGACCGGAGCAAGGUGAGCCAAGCCCAUCUGGUGAAACAUCAGCUUCCACUUCCUAAGAUAACACAGCCAGUCUGUUAACCAGCAUUGUCU